AUGGCAACCCAACAAAUAGCGCAUCACAGAGGAGAGGCUGAGAUCUACGAGGGAGAAGCAGUGUGCAUGCAAAAGUCACGGCUUCUUCUCGACGAGAUUCUCCUUCCAAGAGGGUUACUCCCUUUAGACAACAUCGUAGAAAUGGGUUACAACCGCAUCACAGGCUUCGUGUGGCUCAAACAGAAGCACAAGAAGGAACACCGUUUCGACGCCAUUGGACGCACCGUAUGUUACGAACCGGAGGUAACGGCGUUCGUUGAGGAACACCGCAUGAGAAGGGUGACAGGGGUCAAAACCAAAGAGCUUUUCAUAUGGGUCACUAUCUCUGAAAUCUUCGUCGAUGAUCCUUCUUCUGAUAAGAUAUCCUUCGCUAACCCCACUGGGAUUGCUCGCUCCUUUCCUCUCUCUGCAUUCGCUCUCCAAGACGAACAUCACAGUAACAUGCUCAAGAAAUAG